GAAGCCACUGACUUCAGUCACUUGCAAAUAGAUCACAAAAAUUAGAUUUGUCUUGGCUUGCCACUUAUAAAGGCAGAGGUUCGUUCAUGGGACAGACCACUAAUCAUCCAGUAAUGGAGAGGCUAUUCAUACUCAUAGUUAUAUGCUACCUCUGUGGUGGUGUAGUUGAACUCUCUGGUCAAGCUGUUGAGUCACCUCAGUACAGAGUGGUGCAUUCAGAAUCAGAUUUUGAGGUCAGACUCUACAGAGAAUCCUCAUGGAUGUCAGCUCAAGUCCUAGAAACAACUUCAUUCGAAAAGGCCACUAAAGAUGGCUUUCACAGGUUGUAUCAGUACGUUCAUGGCGAUAACCUUAACUCAUCCCAGAUUACCAUCACGGCUCCGGUGUUAACAAGCAUUAUCCCAUCUGUGCAUGGACAGGAAUACUAUGUAAGGUUGUAUCUGCCUGCCAAAUAUGAAAGAACACCACCACAGCCUUUCCCUGAACUGAAUUUGCAGUUUGAUAAGCGGAGAAGUCGUUGCAUAGCAGCCAGAAAGUUUCCGGGGUUUGCUAAGGAUGAUGACAUUAAUGAAGAACUCGACACACUUGUGAGCAGCCUAAACAAGCACUUGAAUGGAAAACCAGGAAUCCUGACAGAAAAGAGUGCUUAUGCAAUCGCCCAAUACAAUGCUUCACAUCAUGUUUCUGGGCGCUUGAACGAAGUGUGGAUGGAUCUCUCUGGAUUAACUAUAGACUGCUGAGAGAUGCAUGUAAUACGUGGAAUAAAGAUAACGUCCUUGAC